AUGAAUUCAGAAGAUUUAGGAAAAAUAAUUGUAAAUGCAUAGGAUGAAAUUCAAAGUUUAAAAAAGAAGCUCGACUUUAUAGCCACUGCAAAAAAUACUCAGCAAGGAAAUGGAAAUGUAGCAGAAGCUUAAGAUAUAUAAAACAUUUAUCAAAGAUUAACCUAUACAAUAAAAAAAUUUGAGAACUCAAUAUAAACCAACGUUGAUAGGCUUCUCACUCACAAUAUGGCUCGACCUGAUUCAGUCCCUUAGAAAUUUCCUUCUAUUAACAAAACAAUAGAUUCAUAGUAGCACUUUUAAUCGACAGCGAAAAAUCAAAGCGUUUUGGCAAAUACAAAUAACUUUUAGAGCUUAAAUGAAAAUAGUGAAUAUCAACCUUUUUAUUUACCUUAACAGAAACGAUACCAAAAGUAGCCUUUAGGUUAAGGUAGUAAUUCAGUAAUUAAGCAAAAUUAAAAUAAGUCUUUUGAAUAUAGUAGAAAUUAAAAGGAUUUCUCCUUUUAGAAAGUAGCUGAUAAAAGCUUUGAAAUAGGAAGGAGUUAUCUGAAUAAAAAUGUUAUGGAUUUACCCAGAUAAAAAAGUAUGAGUAUGCAUAAUACAAAUGCUAUAACUACUGCUAAGGACAAAUCUUCAUACUAAAAGCAAAAGCUAAAGCUUGGAAGAUUUUCAAAACCAGCCUCAGUUUUACCUCCUGAGAUUAGAAACAACCCUUUUGCUGAUGCUGUUGCAAUUACAGAAUCUGAAAUAUAUAAUGGUUUAUACAAUCUUAUAAACAAAGGAGUCGUUCCUAAAGAUGUAGAUAUUAUGCCAGCUUUUUCGAGAGGUGUUCCACCACUUAUAAAUAAACCAAUGAUAAUGCAUGAGUUUAAGGAAAAGCUGAUAAAAUAAGAAAUUAAUAUAGAACCUAAAAUAGAUUUAAUAAAUAUAAAAUUAGAUGUUUAGGCAAUUCAGCCAAAGCCUAAAUAAGAUCAAAAAGUGUAAGAAUAAGCCCAAGCAUCUUAAAACUCUUUUUAAAGAAAGAGCUUUAAAUUUAAAUAAUUUGUUCCUUCAAAUAAGCUACUUGACUAAAGUGCAAAUCAUGAUUUAAAUUAAUCAAAAAGAUAGGAUGAUUUUGAACUUACAUUAAAAGAGACCUAAGCAAAAACAUAUCCUGAAGUUCUUGAUGCGUAUUCUUUGCAUCAUUUAAUUGUAAGAAAGGCAAAAGUUUUAGAAGAGACUCCUGAAUAUGCCUCUUAUAAGCGUAUUUAUUAACUUUAAUGGGGAUAAAUAAAUUAGCUACUCAAGGAAAUUGAAUAAAUUGCUAAGUAAUUUGAUUUUCCUAUGUUUUAUCUAGAUGGUAAAAAACUUGCUUAAUUAAGCGAAAAAAUAACCAAACCUACUCUAGAAGAGCUAUUAAAUUGUAUAGUUAAUUAAGAUAUGGUUGAUGAAUUUGUCAAGUUGCCUAAGAGAAAGUAUAAAGGAGAAAAAGGAAAAUUACUUGCUGUUGUAAAGAUUUAGUCAAUAAUUAGAAUGUUUCUUUAAUACAGAGAAUACAAAAGGAUAAAAUAAACUAUACAAAUAGUUAAGAUAAUAUAAAAGUAUGCUAGGUUAUAUCUUCAUAAAAAACAAACUAAAAAAUUGAUAAAGCUAAAAAAUGAACAGCUAUUUGAUAAAUUUAAGCAAACAUUACAUUAGUUUAAAUUAGAUUGGCCAGAAAUAAAACUCAAAAAGAGGUUCGAAAUUCAUAUUAACUCUUUCUCAGUUGAUGAGUUGAAGAGACUAACGAUGGAUAAAUAGUUACAAAGAGAGAAUAUUUAAAUAACAAGAAUAUUCCAAAUAAAAGAUCCUAUGGUUUCUAUUAUUUAUGUCUGCCCCUUUGGAGUAAGUGACGACAUUACAAAUUAUUAUUACAAAAUUCUUGAAUUAGGAGAUGUAUAAAACUUUAAAGAUAGAUUGUAUUUCAUUAAACCUGAAAAUUGUGACACAUUCCCUUUUCACUUUUCCCUUUCUAAAAAAUUGUUAUACUCUCCUUAAGCACUAAAAAGAAUCAAAAAGUUAAUUAAAGGAAAAUAAGGCUACAUCGUUCCAGGAUAUCCUUCGAAUGAUGACAUAAAACUUGCCACCGAACUUAAUAUACCAAUUAUGGGAGGAGACCCUUAAAUUUCUUUUGUUAAUUCAACAAAAUCUGCAGCAAGGAGAAUAUUCCAUUCUUGUAAAAUAGAUGUUCCUCCUGGAGCAUUUGAAAUUUAUGAUGAAACCGAAUUCAUAAAUACUCUAACAGUACUAAUAGCAAAUAAUCCAGAAAUAAGCACGUGGGUACUUAAAAUUGAUGAUGAGUUCUAAGGAAGAGGUUUAGCUUAUUACAAUGUUGAUUCUAUAAACCAAUUAUCGGACUUGCUAAAAUAAUACUCUGAGGUUACUGAAGAAAUCAUAUAAAAAAUAAAGUAAAUAGUAAGUAAAACUUUAGCUUCAAAAGUAAAAAUUGCAAUGCCUACUCUUUACAAAGACUACAAAGAAUAUUUGUCUUGCUUUUUAAGAAGAGGAGGAAUAAUUGAAGCCUACCCUGUUUUAUUGAAUAGAACUGUUAUUUCUUCUCCUUCUUUAUCAUUUUUUAUAGAACCAAGUGGUGAAGUUAGUUUAAUUACUGCUUAUGAUAAAAUUCAAGGGAGCUUAUUUAUAAAUAUAGGUUGCUCCUUUCCAUAAAAGUCGAUUACAUCUAACAUAAAUCUAACAAAUUUGUGUUCUGAAAUAGGCUCUAAAUUGUAUGAAAAAGGUGUUUUUGGUUAUGUAACUGCUGAUUUCAUAGUAUAUGGAGAUACAAUACAAGGUAUAGGCUUAGAUUGUUAUAUGAAUAAUUACUAAGCAUCUUUCUUUUAUUUUGACUAUUUAAUGAGAGGAAAGCUAAAUAAGGAAAAUGGAAAAUAUUUUGCAAGUUUGACAGAAAAUUUGGAUAAUUAUUAAUCCCUAUCUGUUUUGGAAACAAGCAAACUUGAAGAGAGAACAUAUUUUUAUUGCCCAUUCGUUAAUCAUCCUGGACUUUAAAAUGUUAAGAUUAAAAAUUUCUUCUAAAUGUGUAGAUUUGAAGCUAUAUAAUUUGAUCUUGAGAAGAAAUAUGGGGCUACAUUUUUAUUAGUUGAUAUACUCUAAGCUGGUGGUUUGGGGGUUUUGACUAUUGGCGAUGAUUAUAAAACUGCACUUAAACUUAUGAAUUUAUCCCUUAAUUUCUUAAUGAAAUAAGCUGGAAGUGUUAGUAAGAGCUACUCUGAUGCUUAUGGAUAAUCAAGAACUGAUUGCAUUAGCAUUGUAGAUGUUAUUAGCAGAAUCAGAAUAAUGACAAAAAAAAUAGAAAAAGAAAAUUUAUACAAUUUAAGCACAAAAAUAAAUUAUCAAUCUCAAAAGUGA